UGUCGAGAUGCAAACGCAGCCUGUUAAAUCGAAAUCGCUUCAAAACCUCGACACCAGACCGUAAAAAACUCAAUCUUCGAACAAUUGAAAAUACCGAAAAAAAAAAUAAUAAAAUUAAAACAAAAUCGGGUCUUAUCAUUAGCAUAUACGUCUGCCAGUGUUUACAUAUAUAUUAUAUAUAUAUAGAAAAAAAAUUGCUCUCCAAUACGUAAAAUCUUUUAACGAAAGUACAACAAAAGGAUCUCAGAAAUGUCCACAGCACACGAAUUUGCCAAGGAGUCGAAGAAGCGCAGCACAAAGCUGCCAGAUUUGGGCGAUUUUCAGGUGCAGAAAGCCAGCGGAGAUGCCACAGCGGAGCACGAUAAAAAGUACAGUUUCUUUGAUCUGUUCCGGUACUCAACUCGCCUGGAACGUUUUCUGCUAUUGCUCAGCAUUAUUGUGGCCACAUUAGCCUCGGUUUUUAUACCAUAUUUUAUAUUGAUCUAUGGGGAAUUCACGUCGCUGCUCAUUGAUCGCACCGUGGGCGAGGGAACCUCCUCGCCAACUUUUAUACUCGCGCUCUUUGGAGGCGGCAAGCGACUCACCGAUGCCAGCCCGGAGGAGAAUACUCAGGCCAUAAUAGAUGACUCGAUUGCCUUUGGCAUUGGCAGCCUGGUGGGCUCCAUCAUAAUGCUGUUGCUCAUUAUAAUUGCGAUAGAUGUGUCGAAUCGCGUCGCCCUGAACCAGAUCAAUCGCAUACGUAAGCUCUUUCUGGAGGCCAUACUGCGCCAGGAUAUGUCCUGGUAUGACACCAGCUCGGGCGCCAAUUUCGCCAGCAAGAUGACAGAGGAUCUGGAUAAGGUGAAGGAGGGCAUCGGUGAGAAGGUGGCCAUUGUUACCUUCCUGUUCAUGACCUUUGUGAUGGGCAUUGUUGCCUCGUUUAUCUACGGCUGGAAGCUGACCCUCGUGGUGCUGACCUGCAGUCCAUUUAUUAUUUUAUCCACAGCGCUGGUGGCCAAAAUCCAGAGCUCCUUGGCCGAAAAGGAGCUGAAGGCCUACUCGGAUGCGGGCAAUGUGGCCGAGGAGGUCUUUAGCGGCAUACGCACCGUGCUGGCAUUUAGUGGGGAGCGCAAGGAGAACGAACGUUUCUCCAAGCUGCUGGUGCCCGCCGAGGUAACCGGCCGCAAGAAGGGCCUCUAUUCGGGCAUCGGGGCCGGGGUCAUGUGGCUGAUCAUCUAUUGCUGCAUGGCCAUUGCCAUUUGGUAUGGCGUCAAUCUGAUUCUGGAGGAUCGCGGCAAGGAGGAGCGCCAGUAUACGCCGGCUGUCCUGGUCAUUGUCCUGUUCGCCGUCAUUAUGGGCGCUCAGAAUUUGGGCUUCUCGUCGCCGCAUGUGGAUUCCUUUGCUGUGGCCCUCGGCGCUGCACGAAAUCUCUUCAGGAUUAUCGAUCGCAAGUCGGAAAUCGAUCCGAUGGGCGAGACUGGCAUGAAGCCCGACAGCAUAACGGGUCGUCUACGCUUCGAGGAUAUACACUUCCGAUAUCCUUCGCGUCCGGAUGUUGAGAUACUCAAGGGCUUGACGGUGGACGUGGAACCGGGUCAAACGGUGGCCUUUGUCGGCGCCUCCGGCUGUGGCAAGAGCACGGUCAUCCAGCUAAUGCAGCGCUUCUACGAUCCGGAACAGGGCAGCGUCAAGCUGGAUGGCCGUGACCUGCGCACCUUGAACGUCGGCUGGCUGCGCGCCCAGAUUGGCGUUGUGGGCCAGGAGCCAGUUCUGUUUGCCACCACAAUUGGCGAGAACAUACGCUUUGGCAAUCCGCAAGCCAGCCAGGCGGACAUUGAGCGGGCCGCACGCAAUGCCAAUUGCCACGAGUUCAUCACCAAGCUGCCCAAGGGCUACGAUACCAAGGUGGGUGAGCGCGGCGCCCAGAUGUCCGGCGGCCAAAAGCAGCGCAUUGCCAUCGCACGGGCGCUGGUGCGCAAUCCGAAGAUUUUGCUGCUGGACGAGGCGACAUCGGCGCUGGACCCCACCUCCGAGAAGCGCGUACAGGAUGCACUGGAGCUGGCCAGCCAGGGUCCAACCACCCUUGUUGUCGCGCAUCGCCUAUCGACUGUGACUAAUGCCGACAAAAUUGUGUUUGUUAAGGACGGCCUGGUCGCCGAACAGGGCACACACGACGAGCUCAUGGACAGGGGUGGUUUAUACUGUGAGCUGGUAAACAUAACCCGGCGCAAAGAGGCCACCGAGGGUGCCGAGGACACAGUCAGCGGUGUUGCUAAAUUGCCAUUGUCAAAGGGCAGGGAGGACGAAAUCAUGGUUGAUGACGACGACCUGGAGUCUGAGGACGACGACGAGGACAUUGAUGACGACGAUGGCGAUGCUGUGGCGCCCGCUAACCACAGCAAGGACGACGUAUUCAGCGUCAGUUCAUGCGGAAAACGACGGUCGCAGCGUCGCAAGAAGAAGAAGCAAAAGAAGGACGAACCGAAGGUCUCCUUCAUACAGCUGAUGAAGCUCAAUGGACCCGAAUGGCGGUACAUACUGUGGGGUUGCCUGGCGGCCGCCAUGCACGGCACCACAUUCCCGCUGUGGGGCCUCUUCUUUGGCGACUUCUUCGGCAUACUCUCCAACGGCGAUGAGGAUCUGGUGCGGCACGAGGGCAACAACAUCUCGUACAUCUUCAUUGGCAUCGGCCUGAUGGCCGGCGUGGGCAUCAUGCUGCAGAGCUAUAUGUUCACGACGGCGGGCGUUAAGAUGACAACACGCCUGCGGCAGCGGGCCUUCAAGACGAUUAUGUCCCAGGAGGUGGCCUUCUUUGAUGACGAGCGCAAUUCGGUGGGCGCACUCUGCGCACGCCUCGCCGGCGACUGUUCCAACGUGCAGGGGGCGACGGGCGCACGUGUUGGCAUCAUGCUGCAGGCGGUGGUCACCCUGGCCGUGGGCAUGAUAGUUGGAUUUGUUUACUCGUGGCAGCAAACCCUUCUAACCACAAUCACGCUGCCCUUCCUGUGCCUCUCCGUGUAUUUGGAGGGCCGCUUCGUAGCGAAGAGCGUGCAGUGGUCCAAGGCGGCCAUUGAGCAGGCCUCCCAGGUGGCCGUUGAGGCCAUUGCCAAUAUACGGACCGUCAAUGGGCUGGGCCUGGAGCAGCAGGUGCUGGAGCGCUACAUCGUGCAGAUCGAUCAGGUGAACGCCGCCUGCCGGCGCAAGGUGCGCUUCCGCGGCCUGGUCUUUGCCCUGGGACAGGCGGCACCGUUCCUGGCCUACGGUGUCUCCCUCUACUAUGGCGGGCUGCUGGUGGCCAAUGAGGGUUUGCCCUAUCAGGAUAUCAUAAAGGUCGCCGAGGCGCUUAUCUUUGGCUCCUGGAUGCUGGGCCAGGCCUUGGCCUAUGCACCGAACGUUAACGAUGCCAUCAUCUCUGCGGGUCGCCUGAUGAAGCUGUUCGAGCAGACGCCCCAGCAGUCCAAUCCUCCACUCAAUCCCUACAAUACAGCUGAUAAAUCGGAGGGCGACAUUGUCUACGAGAAUGUUUGCUUUGAGUAUCCAACGCGCAAGGACACGCCCAUUUUGCACGGCCUGAAUCUCACCAUUAAGAAGAACACAACUGUGGCGCUGGUGGGUCCAUCCGGCUCCGGCAAAUCCACCUGCAUACAGCUGCUGUUGCGCUACUAUGAUCCCGUCUCCGGCUCGGUUAAUCUGAGCGGUGUGCCGAGCACAGACUUUCCGCUGGACACGCUGCGCUCCAAGCUGGGCCUGGUCUCGCAGGAGCCGGUGCUCUUCGAUCGCACCAUAGCCGAGAAUAUUGCCUAUGGCAACAAUUUCCGUGACGAUGUGCCCAUGCAGGAGAUCAUCGAAGCGUCCAAAAAGGCCAACAUUCACAAUUUCGUCAGCUCUCUGCCGCAGGGCUAUGAGACACGGCUGGGCAAGACCUCACAGCUGUCCGGCGGCCAGAAGCAGCGCAUUGCCAUUGCCCGUGCGCUGGUGCGCAAUCCAAAGAUCCUCAUCCUGGACGAGGCGACGUCCGCCUUGGAUCUGGAGAGCGAAAAGGUGGUGCAGCAGGCCCUCGACGAGGCGCGCGCCGGUCGCACCUGCGUGACCAUCGCCCAUCGCCUGAGCACCGUGCGGGAUGCGGACCUGAUCUGUGUGCUCAAGCGCGGCCUCGUUGUGGAGCAGGGCACACACGAUCAUCUCAUGGCAUUGAAUGGCAUCUACGCGAACCUGUACAUGAUGCAGCAGGUCGCGGGUUAGAGCACAACCAACUCUUGUUUAUACUAAGCACUCAUUUGUAGUUACUAUAUUUUUGUUUUUAGUACAUGGAUUAAAGCUCUAAGCAUUACAAUUAA